AUGUCCGCGACAGUCCUCCUGCUGGUGGCAGCUCUCUCUAUGAGUGCCCAAGGCUUUGGCCUGCCGGGAGUCGGCAUUGGCGGAGUGGGGACUCGAGGAUACGGGCUGGGUGGAAUCGGUUUGGCUGGAAUCGGAGCAGGAUACGGUCUGGGUGGAAUCGGUUUCGCUGGAAUCAGAGGAGGAUACGGUCUGGGUGGAAUCGGUUUGGCUGGAAUCGGAGCAGGAUACGGACUGGGUGGGAUAUAUGGUAAGUCAACUGGCUGUUUCUGA